AUGAUCCAUCAGCCAAAUUCACUCUGCGAACUGGAGACAAGAGGACAGGGAGAGGCUGACUCAUUGCGCAAAUGGCUUGAAAAGAAUCAAACGUACCGUCGUCUUAGUGCACAUGCGAAAUAUCAACAAAAGCGUGCACCACAGACCGGGUCAACGCCUACGUCCGGUCGUCUCAUGUCAGCAACAUCUCAAAUUGGAAGCGAAGUGACGUCACUACUAACGCUACUGUUCACUCUGUCAUUGGCUACACCCAGGAGAAAACCCUUGUGA